CGUUCAGUUGUGAUAUACCCGACACUUGUGUUUGACCAUGCAGAGCAGGCGGUUAAGCUAAAUACUCGUACAUUUGUGAAAGUCUGUUCGACGGUGUACAUACUAGUAUAUGUAUGAGGAAGUGUUGUAAAUAAACUAUUAUGGAUCCUCUGCUUAUUGUCAUUCUUACGAUAGGAUUAUUCCAAAGAGGUGGGCUAUGCUUGCCAGCAAAAGAUGAUUCCCAAACAAAGUUAAUCGUCCUUCAAAAUGAGGAUAUGGAACCCACUGUAUUGGACUGUGACUAUGAGAUCAAAGAUCCACAAUCCUUUCUUACCGUGAAGUGGUUCAGAAAUGACAAAACUAUAUAUCAGUGGAUACGCGGAACUCAUCCCGCACCCAUUCCUGAAUUCAAAAAUGAUAUUGACAGUUCCUAUGAAAGCUCAACGGAUCCCAAUAAACAGUACAGCUCUUUGGCUUUAAUAAACCCAACCAUACACACUACCGGGGACUACAAGUGUGUGGUGCAGACGCGAUCGGAGACGUAUACCCAUCAUAAAAAAGUACAGGUCAUCGAUGUGAGGAACUACACUCUAUAUCUGAAUCAGAACAAAAUUCAAAAUGAAACCCAGCUGGAAUGCGUGGUAUCCAACGUUUUUCCAAAGCCUACCAUAACGAUUGUAUCGGAAGACGAUGACGUUGUUAAGAAAGAGCCGCGAGCUCCUGAGGAAAACGAAGAAGGAUACUUUAAUGCGACCACGGUUGUGGCAGUGUAUGAUGCCGAUGAUGAUGUGGAUUCUUAUCAGUGUGUAGUCUCUUUUGAGGGCUACUCCAAGAAUUUAACCGCAUUCGCAACAUCCGGAUCAGGAUCAGGGGGAAGCCAUAUCGAUUUUAGAAUGUGGUUGUUUUGUUUUAUGUACUUUUUCCUUUCGAAAUUGAAAGUUUUAAUUUAAAUAAAAAAGUUGUUGAUAUUUGUUGUUACUAAAA